AUGCGACUCUUACUCGUUCGCCACGGAGAAACUGUUGAUAAUGUGGCAGGAGUCUAUGCUGGGGUGACCGAUUCCGCUCUCACCUGUCAUGGAUACCUUCAAGCUGAGCGACUGGGCGCACAUCUAUCUAAAAAAGGAUUCCGGAUUGUAGAAAUCUUCUGCUCCGACCUUAAACGUGCCUAUCUGACGGCCGAAGCCAUACGCCAGUUUCAGGAUCCUCAACCAUUACCACCAACAAAGCUAGAAUUAAUUCGAGAGCAAAACUUUGGAAGUUUUGAAGGGAAAAAAUCCAUAAGACAAGAUCCAAAUGUCGUCGGCAGGGAAGAUAUUGUGAGCGAGGUGGAGUCCAAAAAGUCCCUUGAGUCCCGAGCAAAUGCUUUCAUCAAUGAUCAUCUCCUCAAAUUAUUCUAUCAAACUGCUGAUGAGCAUACUGUGGCAGUUAUAUCUCAUGGAAUAUUUCUCAAAUAUCUAUGGAAGUCCCUUCUUUGCCGCUUUCCUUCUGCGUGCGUAUCCCUUGUUCAGAAAUCUGGCGCACCACGAGCUCCUUCAAUUAAAAAUCUAGGCCUAUGGUUUAAUACUGCAUAUAUGGAACUAGAUAUAAAGCAGCGUCCAAUUAGUCUAGCUGCUACCCCUCAAAACUCGGUACCUUGUGAAUUUACAAGCAACAAUCCACAUAAUCAUGAAACUAGCUCCGGAAAGCAAUCAUCGAUUCCAGUAACCAUUGAUUCCAAGCUAGUGCAAGGGCCUACAGGUCUGAAAUUAAACCUCUAUAUUUUAGAGAUAAAUUUUUGUGAACACUUGCGUGGUCUUAAAAAAUCUCGUGGUGGCACUUCAAACCUACCAUAUAACCCCGCCCAAAAAAAUAUCUUCAAAUUCUUUAACCAAAGGAAAUCGGCAGGAUUGGGUUAA